ACUCCUUUUUGCUGAAAUCUAUGAAAAGUCUUCCAGCCUCUGGCGACUGUAUGAAAAGGAAACUUCAUCGUUGUAUCUCAGACGGCUCCAGCAAGACGAGGAAACUCAAUCCAGGGAAUGAAGAGCUGAAAGCGGCUAAGAACAAGAAGCCUACAUGGCAGCAAACACCAGGAAGUAGCGAGGUGACACCCAACCUUUCUCGACCAAUCGGGUGCUCCACUUCCUGUUGUCAUCUAAAUGAGGCCAAGUCGACAAUCGAGAUGGAAGUGAACCGUUUGGACUUCUACAUCGGUCUCUCUCUGGCUGUGAGCUCCAGUGUUUUUAUCGGGUCAAGUUUCAUCUUGAAAAAGAAAGGCCUGCUGCGAUUGGCCAGCAAGGGCUCAACGCGAGCAGGUCAGGGGGGCUACGCUUAUCUGAAAGAAUGGCUGUGGUGGGCUGGGCUCAUUUCAAUGGGAGUAGGAGAGGGUGCCAACUUCGCUGCAUAUGCGUUUGCACCUGCCACACUGGUAACUCCACUCGGAGCGCUCAGCGUACUUGUCAGUGCUGUGCUCUCGUCGUACUUUCUAAAUGAGCGGCUGAAUAUUCACGGGAAGAUUGGUUGCCUGCUUUCCAUCUUGGGCUCCACGGUCAUGGUGAUCCAUGCGCCGCAAGAAGAGGAAGUUGCCUCGCUCAGCGCCAUGGCUGAGAAACUGAAGGACCCAGGUUUCAUCGUGUUUGCCGUGUGCGUUGUUGGAAGUAGCCUGGUCCUGAUCUUUGCCGUGGCUCCUCGCUUCGGACAGAAGAACGUCCUGGUCUACAUCCUGAUCUGCUCUGUGAUUGGCUCCCUCUCCGUCUCUUGUGUCAAGGGUCUGGGCAUCGGCAUCAAAGAGCUGUUUUCAGGGACGGCGGUGCUGAAGAACCCCCUGUUCUGGGCCUUGCUCGUCUGCCUGGCGAUCUGCGUCACCAUUCAGAUCAGCUACCUGAACAAAGCGCUCGACAUCUACAACACCUCCAUUGUCACGCCGAUUUACUACGUCUUCUUCACCACGUCCGUCAUGGCUUGCUCAGCCAUCUUAUUCAAGGAGUGGUUAAAAAUGACCGUUGAUGGUAUAGUGGGGACAAUCAGCGGCUUCCUCACCAUCAUUUUAGGGAUUUUUCUCCUUCAUGCCUUUAAGGACAUUACGUUUAGUGUGGACUCCCUCCCUUUGUACCUGAGGAAAAGCCCUUAUUGGUUCGUUGGAGGCCAGCAGCCUUACAUGGCUCUUCCUGAUGAUGACUUGCAAGCAGAUAAUGACAGAAAGUUGUCAGCCAGAGGUGGUGACUAGAACAGAGCCUCAUGAAUAAAAAAAAAAAUAAGCACCAGUAAACUCAUCCUUACCUCUCAAACUUUUACAAUUUUUUUUCAAGCAAAGCAGCCACUGGAUGAGGACAUUUGCUUUUUUUACCUUAGCAUUGCCAUCUCCGUAAUGGAUCUCAUUACACACAUUUACUUUGGGACAAAAUAUUCUUACCAUAAUUUAUUUUUGUUCACUGCUGUCUUUGAUAUUUCUGUUUUUAUUUUAAGUGUUUGUUUUGCUAAUGAAAGCUUCAACAUACAGAAGGUAAAACAUUGAACACAUCACAAUUUUUCAUAGUAAGCAUAUUUCUGAAGAUGCUAUUGACAUGUAAUUUUCACCAUUUUUUGGUAGCAACCCAAGUAAUCCAUACAUAGAAAC